UUAUGAUCCCGGGGUCUCCCACUUUUCUCAUCAGACCUCUCCAAGAAGAUAUCUCGAGCGCACACGCGAACUCUCCAUUCUGUCUUUGCAAGAGAUUCACAGCAGCAGCAGCAGCAGCAGCAAGAGCGGCGGCGGUGACAGUAACCUGAGAGGGCACGGCAGCUAUACAUCCGAUACUGUAACUGAACACUGCAGAGUCUUCACAGGCGACAACGAGAAGAGGAGGUCUAUAUUUCACAGAAGUUUUGGAGAACUGCAGAAGAAAGUGCAAUUUAGCAUCCCUGAUCCGCCUCGCAAAACAAGCUUUGUAUUUCUCUGUCCGGCUGUCCAAACUUGUAGUGCCAUAAUGUCUGAGAUCAUGCCAUACAGCGAGGGGAAGAUGGCUGGCUACGGAACUGACAGUGGAAGUCAGAUUUCCUUCAGCUGUCGGCUGCAAGACACCAACACCUUCUUCGGGGGGUCGCAGCCCAAGAGACCACCUAAGCUGGGACAGAUCGGCAGAGCCAAGCGAGUGGUUGUUGAAGAUGACAGAAUAGAUGACGUGCUGAAGGGAAUGACAGACAAGUCUUCGCCCGGCGUGUAAACGACACAAACUGACAACACGUUUUUUUUUUCCUAACCGAUUUGAAAGCACUUUUGGCUGUGCGUGUGUUCGUGGAUUGUAAACAGAAAGAGAAACAAAGAAGAAGAAAGGCGGAUGAAAGAUGAAAACAAGAGGAAAGAAGAGCGAAAGCGAAAGAGGGAUUGUUGGGGUUGCUGGCAAAUCUCCAAACCAACACUGAUUUCUUCAAAUCAUCACUGCGCAGAAACAAUGAUGGGGUGUCUGACCGGAGCGGCUCUGUCUUUCCGCCUCAGCCGAUAUGUUGCGAUGGAUGGACUUGCCAUUUCAGAACCACCAUCUUUUUCUUCCGAGAUGAGCUGUAAAAAAAAAUGAAUGAACUGGAAGCUGAAACCAUUGUAAGCACCAUUCCAUAGCUGUACAGUUCAUGAGCUUCAAGUUAAUUUCGAUACAUGCAUAACUAAGGUUAAUCAAAAGCAAAGCCGCUUUCAAAGAGAGCUGUCCAUUUCAGCACCAGCCGAAUCCGAAUGCAUUCCAAACCGAGAGAGCGGCAUUUCCAUCACGCACGGGCAGGUCAGACGCCCGUCCAGUUCAGAUCUUGAGCGUUUUGUUAAGACCUGUAUGUACCCUUUGAGAAUGCACGCAGAGACUGUGUAUUACUAUGGAGCUGCUCCGUCGAGUAAAUAACAAUGCUAUUGAAAAAUAAUUGAUUAAAGGAGUCCAAUGUAUACUUCAUGUAUUUAUUUAUUUAGCAGUCGUCUUUCUAGCAACAUAUUUUACUGAACGCCAGUAAGGAUUACUGUUGUUUUUGUUAUAAGAUGAAAUCCGAUGUACAGAACUGAAUUUAUUAUUCAGAUUUUUUUCACGUUCCACCAUCAUAAACACCAGUAAAGCCCCGUCGUGUCCCAAAUAAAGAACUAUAGGAAGAUUUGUUUAAGCAAAACGCCAGCAGGGAUUGUAUAAAAUGAAUCAUUAAAAAAACAAAGAAAAAACUGAUUUUGCACAAAAAAAGAAAGUUGUCCAUUUAACCCCCCCCCCCAAUCCGAUCCUGGUGUCGACUUAGGUGCCAAUAUUCAUACCCCCGGCACGCUUCUUUUUAACAAAACUCAUGUUUGUAUUUUUAUAUAUUAAUAUUUAAAAAGUAAAAUUAUAUGCUAGUCUAAGUCUUAUAAUCAAUUCAUCAGCAGACUAUUGUAUUUGUGGUCAGGAUGUCGCGUCCGUCAGAUAUACAGUAGUAAUGGAUACUCGUUGUUGUCGUUGAAUUCAUUCUAUCUCAGUAUUGGAAAUGUGAAAACAGACUUUUUGAAUGUGUCGGUUUUUGCACACAUCAAUGUGAAACUAUUAUUGAUAACUCUUAUACUGUGACUUGAGCUUUGUUGAUGGAUUUGUUAGAAAUGGCAGAUCAAACUGCACUGUUUACGAGUGUGAUUUAAUAACUCGCUGACAUCUGACACAUUCUGUGGACAUUUAAAAGCUGUUGUUUUUUAUUUGAUUUCUUUUGUACUAUUCUUUUGAAGAAAAUAAAUACAGAAAUAAAAAAAAUGCAUAAAUAAAUAAAUAUACAAUGGUUUGUUGUGCAUGAAACCUUAAUAUUUUCAAAAAUAAAACAUCAUUUUAUGACUAUAAUGAAGCAAAAAUAAUGUCAUGACAUUCUGAGAAUGAUUCAUUGUAAAUUACAAUGCCAUUUUCACUGUAUUUGGUGAAUUAAUAAAUGGUGAAAGAAUA